AUGUCCUCACACACCUCCAGUCCGUUUAUCUCCAACGCUGCACCAGACACACCCAUGAAACGCCGCCGCGGCCGGCCGCCGAAGAAUGUCCACGUCGCAAACCAGAAUCAGUCAACCUUCGCCACGUCCACGCUCAACAGCCUGCCGGCAGCGGACACGUCUGCGGCAAUGCUCAAACUCGGGUCACCGCGGUUUCUGCGCGUUAAGCCGAUGAUGAAGGUGUCGCCGAGCCAGCCUCGCAAGGCGCGCAGGGCCUCGCUGCAGACGGCAACACCGCAACUGAUGCCGCGCGACACCACACGCGCAGUUGCGCACGCCAUGCCGCCGCCGCGCUCGCGUACCCAUGACAGCCUUGUCAACGUUAUAAAGACCCCCAAACGGGCCGACUCAGCCUCUUCGCCUCAGCAGUGUCUCAACCCGUCAGUCUUGCUUUCGUCACCUAUGAGCUAUAGUUACGGCGCGAUGGGGAGCACGCCAUUGUCCCCGACGGCCUCAUCUUUCAGCUCCAUCAUCCAUUCAUCGCCGCUCUAUACGGGCUAUUUCUAUUCGCCCGAAACCACGAACAAACACGUUUUGCGGGUGGGCGCAAUUGGCUCAUCCCCCGAUCCAGAAGACAGGACAGAGCAGAGCGUGUUUGUGCCAAAGGCAGAAACCAUUGGACGUACCUUUAAAUUGCCCGUAAAGGGAACGGUGGCUAAAGAGGAUAAACCUCUGGAGGCUAAACCAGAAAAAUCCUGUGGAUUUUCGUUAAAACUCAUGGUUGGGGCGGAUGGAAAAGCCAUAUUGACCAACGGCAAGACAACCACGCCUUCUAGUCAACCAGCUUCGGUUAGCGCCCCCAGAAAGCGGACCAGGGAAGAGGAAAAGGAGCCUGAGCCGGCUCUGGAGGCCCCUCCAACCACCCCAAGACAGAAAAUCCAGACUCUCACCGCCAAAACUCCUGUCUCUGCGCUUAUCCGUUCACAAUCAUUUUCGUAUUCACCUUUUGCUAACUUCAACUUGAAGAAUCAGAGCUUUUUUACGGGUAUUUCGCGCUCGCCCAUGGUGCUCAACCUGUACGGGUCACUUUUGGGCCAGGAGCUUCCUGUCUUUCAACCGUUUGGUAUGGAGAUGCGACCAGUUACACCUCCACCCACCGCGACGGACGAGAAGCCCUUUGCUCUGGACGAUUUCAGCUUCGGUCCACCUCCUCCGACAGCCUACGAAUCUUUGCAGCCCCAGCAACUCGCCCAGAAGGCACAGAUGAUGCGCGACACUCCACGGCGAAACGUCCCGGUAAGACACAUUUCCAUGAUGGAUGUCCACGCCUAUGGAGAAAAUGUCGGAAGCAACUUCCCAAUCCGGGAUACGGAAGUGCCUACCCAUCGUCGAACCUUAAGCAAAUCUGCAUCCAUGUCACAUGUCGGGUUCAUCGACCCCGCCCACAUUGCCCAAAAGCCUCCAACAACCGGUUUGAUGGAAGCAGGUGCGUAUGGCCAGUUUUACCCAGACUUCCAAGGAAGCGGUAACUUCAUGGCAAUGAACUUGGCGGGUAUGCCCAUGCUCAUACCCGCGAGAGACGGGAUGGGAGCGGAGAUUGAUAUGCAGGAGGAUCUGGGUGAUGCCCGUUCCGCAUUGUUCAAAGCUAUGAGAAAGUCAUAA